AUGCUGCAGGAGGAAGAGGAGGAAGUGCUGCCCUUGUCGCCCGAGGGCCACGAGCUGCCUGCUCCUGAAUCUUCUUCAGCGCCUGCUGAUGCCAAGCCGCUUUCACCCUCUGUGCUACCGUUACCGCCCACGGCCUCCCGGAUGCCUGGCGCCGCACCAGAAGCAACGCCCCCGCCUCGAUCACAGGCUCCAAAGUCCCUGCCCAGUACCGUUGGCGUACAGGACUGGGCAGCCACAGAACACGCGUGGCUGGGCCGUGCGUUCAUUCUGGUCAAUUCAGGCUGCAUCGACAACAUCAAUCACUUCACCCAGCACCCGAUUCGGACGAAUAAGAUCUGCCAUGCGCUCAAGGCCACGCACAGCGAACUCGUCGAGCUCGAGCCACGCUGCUACCGCCUUGCUGCCGUCGUGAGCGACUACGACAUCCAUCCCGAAUUUAAACACAACGGAUUCCGCUCUAUUCUUCUGUCGGUCUGGAAGUGCCUGCGCCAACUUCAAGAAGCCCUGGCGCGUUGUGCACAGGAGCGCUCGUCGUAUUUCUUCCUCAGUUUCGACGCCGUCUACGAGCAGAUUGAGGAUUUUGGCGCGCGCAUGCUCAGCAAGUUCAAUGUCUUGCUCGAGCUUACUCUCGAGCUCCAGGCCAUCCUGCCCGCUCGAGAGCAGUUUGUAACAAUCGAGGGCAACGCUACAGCCGAGCACAUUUUUCGUUGUGGCCAAAGCGUGGAUGUCACCUGCUUUUAUGGUGCUCGCGCGGGGUUUCAUUACGAAUCUGGCAUCCAGCACUUGAUGAAAGCCAUCCUCACCGCCAUGGCCUCAUUCUCCGAUGCGUACCACAGCACCGAGGACAACCAGUUUGUCAAGGGCCUCUCCUCGGCCUGGUCGGCCGUCAAAUAUGCCCUUGACCCCGAGGUCAAGGCCCAGCGCCUUGUCGAGCAAAUGCGCCGCCGCAAUCCGGCGUUUGUCAAGUCCUUUUGGAACCUCACCGAUUCCACCCUGGCUCGCAACAUGUCCAAGAUUGCCCUCCCCUCCAUUGCCGUCAACCGGGUUCUUUUCAUCAUCGGUUCCAAUCUCGUCCACGACAUACCCGAUGGUCGCCUCAUCAUCUCCCCGCCCAUCGUUGGCCGCCUUGGUGAAUGCCGCCAUCGGCAUGGUGAGACGCAGCCAAUUUCCCCCGACUACGCCAGCUUCCUGCGUCGAGCCUACCACGAGUUGUUUGCUGCCAUGGACCCACACGAACUGCAUCAGGUGGGACAGCGCGUUCGUGAGCGGCUGCGCCGCCUGCCCAUCUCUCCCGCUGAGCGGGAAGCACUCGAGAGCACCCUCUAUCAAAUGUUUGAGCUUGCCAAAAGACAACAAGCCGCAGCCACCAUAUCAGGAGCUCCCACGUCCGCUCAAACGGCUUCAACCCAGCCGGCGGCCCGACAGGACGACACCGUCGGUGAACUCGUCCAGGAGGAGUCUGUUCUGAACCAUGACGUGACCAACGAGCUGGACCGGCGCGACACCGACGCCGCAGCAUCUCAGGCAGGCGCAGCAUCGGAUGCAACGGCCAAGGCAGAUGCCGACGACCUUCCCGCGCUUGUUCUCGACUCGCGCGAUGUGGAGGACAUGCCCGAGACCUCGCCGGACGAGGUGGGCGAUGUCGCAGUCUCCAUUUUUACCAAGGCUCACGUUGGCUCUCGCGUCCCCAGCGUCUCCUUCAAGCCUCCAGAGGAAUCAGCCUUUCAGGGAAUUCCUCGUUUUGGUGCCAUUCAAGUGCGCCUGCUGUGCGCCAAAAAGUACACGGGUCAGGCCACGCCGAGCAAGAAGGGGGCAGCCAAGCACGCCAUCCCCGUCGUAGAGGAUACAAACAUCGCACCUGCCAAAGGCUUGCUGGUGCACUUUCACGGAGGUGGCUUCCUCAGUAAUUCAUCCAAGAGCCACGAGGUGUAUCUUCGUAAUUGGGCUCGCGAUUUGGACGUGCCCAUCCUCUCGGUCGAUUACAGCUUGGCACCCGAGGCCCAGUUUCCUCGGGCGGCAGAGGAGUGCUUCUACGCUUACGUCUGGGCACUUGAGCACGCCUCGCUCUUGGGUACCACGGCAGACCGGGUCCUGGUGGCCGGCGACUCUGCCGGUGGCAACCUAGCCGUGUCGGUGGCCCUCCGUUGUUUGGUGGAGGGUGCACGCGCCCCAGAUGCCAUAUAUGCCUUUUACCCCGUACUCAACGUCAAACUGGCUUUGUCCAGCUCCCGCAUGCUUGCGUCCUUUGAUUGCUUGCUCAGUCAGGGUGUGUUGGAGACAUGUUUGAUUGGCUACGUUGGUAAACAGGACAAAUCAGUGCAGGACAACCCCUUCUUGUCGCCCUUCCGCGCCACUGACUCAUUGCUAGCGCGGAUUCCCGUCACCUACUUGGUUGGCUUGGCCAUGGAUCCUCUGCUUGAUGACACCCUGGCCUUUGCAAGCCGUCUUAAAGCGGUUGGUGCACGCCAUUGCGUGAGUGUCUUGGGGGAUAUCCCACAUGGCUGUCUCAACUUUAAGGACUUGACGCGGCAAACCAAAGCAGCAUAUCAACAUUGCCUUUCGCUGUUGCGAGAGGGGCUCGAGGACACGGCACCGGCUGAGAAACCCGAGUGGAGGACGUAUCGCAAGCCCUUACCCCCUCAGCCCACUCGUGGACGCACCGCGGAUCGCAGUGCAGAGCCCACGAUGGUGCUCCACGGAGGCGGCGGCAACACACACGUGGGUAGCAACUCCAUCCACACGGUGGCACCGCCACCUCAACCCAGCUCUGGCAAAUGAAAAAGUUUGUAUGACCAAACAAACCGGCACGCGUCCAGAUGGCUCCCGUACGACUUGACCCCGGCUUCAGUGCAUCCCAGAUGGCUUCAAACUCCACCAACAACUGUUGUUGUAUAAUGAGAGCUUGAGAGGGUAAGAAAAAAAAAUGGAUCAAUUUACAUGGAUGUG